AUGGAUUCUGGCGAGGGCAAGGGAAAAGCGCAGAUCCCAAAAUUUGGAAGCUUCAAACCGCAGCCAGCGCCUCCACAGACAGAUCGCGAGAGCAGAGACGAAAAGAAAUCUUUACGGGCUGCUGGCGAUCGUGUGAGAACCAGCAAGUCAUCCGAUCUUUCGAGACACCAUGAUUCACGUCGUGCAAAAGAGAGGAGUCGAGAAUCGCGCGCCAGCUCUAGUAGGCACAUACAACACGACCAUGCUGAAGAUAGCUCGAAACCCCGGUCGACUCCAGAUGCUUCAAACCUUUACAUAUUGGAUGCCACGGGUGAUCCGUAUACGUUGAUCUAUGGGUCCCUCCAUAAGUACGAUAUCCCCCGGUACUAUCGUUUUGGCGCGGGAAGGGUGCUGGGUCUUUCUACAGCUUACACCAUCGACCAAGAUCUUAGCAGUGAUACAAAGAUAGUGAUAACUUCAAGAGGAGCUACAGAAGAUACGGCGCAACGGAAUCUUAAAGCACUGUGGAGAUCGGCUUCCAAAUCCACAAAGUCUCGACGCCUGCUGCCCAGCUCGAAUGGGGCCCCAGACCUAGAACGAGAUUUCCUCCCAUUGAAAGAAGACGGGAUGUCAGAAGAAGAGAAGCUUCCUGACUACCGGUCGAUCGAAGGGAAAGCUAAGCCUGGGCGAGAUUCUGAUGCCGAAACUGAUAUAGAAUCAGACUGGAGCAUACAAUCAGAAGGAGAAGGGCCCAGGUUGCGGAAUGCUAGUUUGUUCCGUAAUGUGAAUGAGCAUCCAGAUAAUAUGGAAGGCUGGCUCAGACUUAUUAAUCACCAAGAGAAUAUGGUGGGCGUUGCAGACAGAGAAGGGUAUCGGAAGUUUACAUCUGCAGAAAAGAGAAGCAUUGCAGAUAUAAAGGUGUCCUUGUACGAAAAGGCAUUGGCGAGCCUGCCUCAUAAUGCGCCUCGGGAUAGGUUACUGCUCGGCAUGAUUGAAGAGGGCUCCUUAAUUUGGGAUCAAAAGACUCUAUCGAACAAAUGGAAGUCGGUUUUGGAGUCAAACUCGAGUUAUAUCUCUCUAUGGAUCAAAUACCUGGACUUCCAGCAAACCACUUUUACCAAUUUUACCUACGAUAAAUGUCGAUCGGUAUUCUUGGAAUGUUUGAAGGUCAACGCGAGGCAGCCCGACAGCACCGAGAAACAGAUUAUUAGCCUUUACAUCCUACUACGCCUUAGCCUUUUUAUGAGAGAAGCAGGGUUCACCGAGCACUCAAUUGGCCUUUGGCAAGCUCUUCUUGAAUAUAAUUUCUGCUGUCCGCAAGGUCUCAACCCGGAGACUGAUCGAGCAGCAGCUCUUUCUUCAUUUUCCGAGUUUUGGGAGAGCGAGAUGCCGCGAAUCGGUGAAAUCGGGUCCCAGGGCUGGGGUAAAGCUGAUGGUGAUACUCCAGAUCCAAAGUCCGACCCCGACGUACCGAAAAUUGAUGCCAAAGAUGUUUUCGGCUCGUGGUGCAAGCUUGAGCAUGAUUUAAUGUCAUAUUCGUUCUUGCCCGCCAGGACACUCGACGAGGUGCAAGAAGACGACCCUUACCGGGUAGUGCUCUUCUCAGAUAUAGCCGACUUUCUCGUUCGCUUUUCUGAUCCCCAAGUAUCGAAUUUAGUUGUCGACGCGUUUCUGAUAUUUUGUCACCUGCCGAAAACAACCCAUGAAGAUAGUGAGAGAAUUGCAAGUUGGCAUGUAGAUCCGUUCUUUUCCAACCGCAAUCUUGAUGAGGCAGACAAACGUUCACCGGAAUGGUUUUCCGCUCUUACUGAAAAGGAGGGAGAUCCUGAUCAAUAUGUGCCAUUCUCGUUCCCAUACCCAAUGUUUGGAAAUGAUAUUGAUACCCUAUUUGGUGACGGGAGAAACUGGUUUCCCGCAUUUCAAUCGUGGGAAUCUACAUACUUAGAAGGCAGUAAUUGCGCUUAUGUUGAAUGGAUUCGACGGUCGUUAAAGAUGCUGGUGUCUAGAAUGCCAGACAGCGACUACUUGGCAGCAUAUACUAUUGCCUUUGAAUAUAGUAUUGACCCCAAAGAGGCGAAGAAGUACGCUAAACAGCUUCUCAAAUCUAACCCUUCGAAUAUCAAACUAUACAACGCUUACGCACUGAUCGAGGCUAGAAACGGUCAAAUUGCUACUGCAGAGAAAGUGUGGACCACCACCCUUUCUAUGAGCCAGAGCUUUGCUACGGAGGCGACCCUAGAUUGUAUCACCCUUUGGCACACCUGGGUCUGGGAGGCCCUUAACAGCCAGAGUUAUGGGAAAGCAAUUCGUUUAUUGCUUGCAAUCCCGAAUAACAACCUGGAUUUAACCUCUUUAUCAACCGCCGGAGAUUGGAAGGCUAUAGCCAGCUCAGCUGAGUUUCUGAAGAGCAAAAGAUGUUUAGACAAUAUCCAAGCUCACGGGCUGACCUUUCGCAAACCCGAGAUGUUCAGUUAUUCUACUGACUGCUUAGCCCUUCUAAUUUAUCUUACCCAAGGCCAAGAAAUCUCAGCGGCAAUAAAAAUAUACGACGACGCAGAACAGCGCCUUGAGACCCAGAAGCUGGAUAAGACGAUGUUCUUGGAGCCAAUCCACCAAGUCAAAUCUCGGCUACUGUAUCACCAUAUCACGGAAAACCGUGUUUAUAAACCUGCCCAGAUUCGCGAAGAGCUAAGUAGGAGCGUCUCACUUUUUCCACGAAAUACAAUCUUUCUAAGCCUCUUUGCUUUCAAUGAGACUCGAUUUCGGAUUGAAAAUCGCGUUCGCUCAGUCCUUGGCCGCCAACUUCUUGAGCCCCAUGGAAGCGACGACACAGCCGACCCUCUGAAACAAUCUACUCUAAUCCCUCACCUAUUUUCCAUCUACUCUGAACUUUACAGAGGGGUCUCUGCAGGAUCUACCGCUCAUUCUGCGCGUGCGGCUUUUGAGGCGGCGAUAUCUUCACAGUCGGGCCAGCACACAGCUGCGCUAUGGAAGCUCUACGUACAAUUUGAGCUUACCCUCGACGAGAAAGAGAAGGCGCGACAAGUGUUCUUCCGUUCUAUUCGAGCAUGCCCUUGGUCUAAAAGGCUGGUAUUGCUGGCAUACAAUGAGCCACAUCUAAGAGGAUCAAUGAGUUUCGAUGAACUGAGAAAAGUCUUCAACGUAUUGGUAGAGAAAGAAUUGAGGGUCCAUGUUGAUUUGGAAGAAUGGCUAGAAGACAACGAGGCCGAGGUUAUGCCCGCCGAUGAUGGUCUCGGCCAGAGACCUCCGAUUACCAUGCCAGAUGAUAAAAGUUCAGAUGAGGGUUGA